ACAACAUCCGGGUUAACAACAGAUCUGCAUCAUGGCGAACACCGGCAGGAUGACCGUUGACGGUGGAGACAUGCGAUUUGCUGAAUAUACUCCAAAUUCAAGGACCAACAGCGACGCAGCGAUAGACAGGAGACUUGGAGGAACUCUGAUAGCUGUUGGACUUGGUGUAGCUGCUGCAGGCUUUGCAGGCCGCUAUGCAUUUCAGCUGUGGAAGCCUCUUGGACAGGUCUUCUCCCAAACUGUAAAGAAAAUGCCCUCAUCAGCUUUCUCAUCAUAUUACAAAGGAGGUUUUGAGCAGAAGAUGUCCAAACGAGAGGCCAGCCUCAUUCUUGGCAUUAGCCCAACCAGCACUAGGUCCAAGGUACGUGAGGCACACAGGAGGAUCAUGGUCCUGAAUCAUCCAGAUAAAGGUGGGUCACCAUAUAUGGCUGCUAAGAUCAAUGAGGCCAAAGACCUUUUGGACAAGGAGACACGGCGAUGACCUGCACUGUUGUCACUUUAAAGACUAUUACUUCAUGCAUAAUCUCAUCACUGUUGAAUAGCUUCAUCAAUAUGGAUACCACACCUGGAUUACUGCCAUCAAGAGACAAGAAACACACUACAAAGAUUUGUGGUGAAAUUAUGAUCGUGCCCGAUUCUUGGUGCCCAUGUCAUGUUGAAGGACUUUAACUUUUUUUUUUACAUUGCUGUAUUGAAAGUGAUCAUUGUCAGUGUGAUGUUCCUAAUAAAGUGAUCAAUGACA